AUGACCUCCGCAUCCGCGGAGGCGGUGUUGAACCUCGAAAACAUCGCGCGCGACAUCUACGAGCGCCCCGAUCGCGCGUCCGCGCUCGCCAGGGACGCACACGUGGAGUAUUUGCUCGGUGGCCUGAGAACGCUCCCGACCGCUUUCACCUCGCUCGACGCCUCGCGGGCGUGGGUCGUGUACUGGUGCGUGCACGGACUCGCACUCCUCGGUGUGGACCUACGCGAGCGCGAUGAAGCGCUGGCGUCGGACGUCGUGCGGUUUUUGAGGCGCUGCCGAAGUCGACGCGGCGAGCGCGCGUGCUUUGGCUUCGGCGGUGGUCCGGGACAGAUGCCGCACAUCGCGACGACGUACGCGGCGACGUGCGCGUUGGUGACGAUCGGCACCGAUGAGGCGCGCGAGGCGAUCGUAGGGGCGGAUUUGAGGGCUUUUUUGUUGUCUCUGAAGGAUUCGCGCACGGGUGGCUUUCGCGUGCACGAAGGCGGCGAGAGCGAUACGCGAGGAUGCUACGCCGCGUUGGCGACCGCGCACUUGUGCGGAGUCCUCGAUGAAGAGUUGACGCGUGGUGUGAGCUCAUUCGUGGCGAGCUGUCAGAGUUACGAGGGUGGUAUCGGUGGCGAGCCGCGUGGGGAGGCGCACGGCGGUUACACGUUUUGCGGGCUCGCGGCGUGCGCGUUGGCGGGCGACAUUGGGGCGUUAGAUCUAGCGAGUCUCGAGCGCUGGUUGGCGAACAGGCAAGGAGAGAUCGAGGGCGGGUUUAAUGGUCGAACGAACAAACUCGUUGAUGGGUGCUAUUCGUUCUGGCAAGGUGGUUGCUUUCCGCUGUUGGCCCUCGCGAACUCGCACCUUCUCGAACAGUUUAUUCACCAAAGCCGACACGUGGUGACACCAGAAGGCUCUCAAAUCGAUCCAAGAGAUUUCGCAUUCAAUGCUCGUCCCAUGGGUGCGUGUGCGGCGACUUUGUUUACGCCCGCAGAGUUUCCGUCGUCGAUCCCUGCGCCGGCUCCGUUUGCGAACGGCGCCCUGCAAGGGUGGAUUCUGGAUUGUUGCCAAUCCGAACAGGGUGCGGGCGGGUUGCGCGACAAGCCUGGAACGGGUCGAGAUCACUAUCACACGUGUUAUUGUCUCAGCGGCUUGAGUCUGGCGCAGCAUUUCGGACGUUGUGGCGUUGUUGAGGUAGUCGGACCGACGGAGUCGAACGCGCUCGUAAAGCUCGAACCUCUCGUAAAUGUCGUCGAGCACAAGUACACGGCUUGGAUGAGUAGAAAGCACUAG